AAACAUCUGAAUUACCCUGUUUAGUUUGAGUACUGGGUUGAUUAUAAUAUUCACCAGUUUGGGUAGAAAUAUGUAAAGAAAAAAAGAUUUUUAAAUCUUGGUAAAAGAGACUUUUCGCCAUGAUGCCAUGAGGUAGACAGACGAAAAAACUGAGAUGGUUUUCAAAUAUGUACCCUUGAUGCACCUGAUCCUCAUAGCACAGAUUCCUGGUUUUGGACUACCCCUACAGUAUGUCCUAGAUAUUCGUUUUACACAACUGAAUAAAGGCUGGUGAUCAGACAGAUGUUCAGAAGUGCUAAGUAUUUGGUUUCAGCAUGUGUACGGGGGAACCAUAGGUCACUGUUUGGGACGUUCAGCAAGUCCAUGAAGAAUGUUGGAGAGAGGUUGUGCAAUGGUUUCCUCUCCAAACCAAUUUGCAUAGUCAACAGUGUAAAAGGAGCACAAAUGAAACAUCUUCAUAUAUCUGAGCCAAAGAACAGUAAAUAUGUUUCAGAAAAAGCUCUUAGAAAACCCUCAUCCUGGCUUGUUAGCAUUUCUGCAGACAAUACUACAAACUUCCUAUCAGUGUGUAAAAUAAAUGUCUCCAUACCGAACUGCUACAGUACCACUAUUUCAGAUCAUUUCAUCCUCUGGGACUGUGUUCCUAACAAAUCCCUACUACCUGAAAAUCAUACAAGCAAUCACCAAUGUCCUAGGUAUAAGUGGAGAACAAAUCUAAAUAGCAACAGGAAAAGUCAGAAGAUCUACCAUAAAACAAGGAACGCAUCUUUCACCAAGUCAUAUGAGAUAAUUAAGGGGCCCGGGACUUUCUAUCAAGAGCGAUGGCACGAUAUUGGACCUCUAAAAUCUCAAGUUUGUGGUUUGCACAGGAGAGUCCCUCAGCAGGCUGCUUUUGAAGAUUGUCUAUCAGCCAAGAAUGAGGAACGCUGCAGAGUCCACUUGCAGUCCAACAUUGCACUGUAUGAGAAGCAGAGAGGAAAGAGAUGGGCAGCUGUGCUUGUUUCUCUGUGUACAGUAGGGGAAGAGCCUGCCUUGCUUUUUACUCUUAGAUCCAGCAAACUGAGGGGAAAACACAAAGGUGAUGUCAGUUUUGCAGGGGGGAAGCAAGACCCCUCUGACAAAAAUAUUGUGGAAACAGCACUGCGGGAAGCCAGGGAAGAACUGGGCAUUAACGUGACUGAAAACGAAGUGUGGGGUCUUCUGAAGCCACUGAAUGAUGUGUCAGGAAUGAUGAUUGCUCCUGUGUUAGCUAACCUUGGGCCACUAGAGACUCUAACACUUCGCCCCAACCCGUGUGAGGUGGAAGAGAUCUUCACUGUGACCGUUGCCCAUCUAUGCAAACCUCAGAACCGAGGCUAUACACAUUUUCGCGCUGGUAAUCGAUAUGGAUACACUCUUCCUGUGUUCCACAGUGAAAAGUAUAGAAUCUGGGGCUUGACUGCAAUAGCGUUGGACCAAACACUGAAACUCAUCAUGCCGGUGUAGCAGCUGUACAGCCCUAGAACACUGUUGAAGGUUUAUCUGCAAUAUCAAAUCACAAAUUGUAGUUCAAUUCAAACUUUGCAGUUUUUGGUGCUGAGGAAACCUCAAUUUAAAACUGAGCUUGUUAAGUUGGUUUUAUUGAUUUUUCAAGUGCAUUGAAUAAUGUAUAAAGAUCUGCAAAGAUUUGCAGUUGAUUAAAUUUGCUGCUUUGCAAAAUAUCAGUGUAGAAAAAGAAUUGUUUGAAUGCUAUCAAGACAAAGCUUUACCAGAUGUUACAGAUUCUAUGUGUAGGCUCUUUUAUACCCGAUCAGCCAUGACAUUAAAACAGUUGACAGGUAAUGUGCAUACGACUGUAAGAUCAUCAUCAGUGGCACCUGUCAAGGGAAGGGAUAUAUAGGACAGCAAGUGAACAAUCAGUUGUCAAAGCUAAUUGUUUAAAAGAAUGAAACAUUGUUUGAGGGCCUGAGGAAAGCCCAAAUUUAUGUUGGAGGCAAGAAUGUAAGAAUUGUUUAGGAACAUGAAAAAAGAUCCAAAGUUUUGCCUUCAAACUCCCCAGAGCACAAUCUGAACGAGCAUAUAUUAGAUAUGUUAACAAGACAAACUUGACAAACAAGUCUGAUCAAUGAAGACCCUAUCUUGCAGGACUUAAAAGAACAGCUGCUAAUAUUUUGGUGCCAAAACCACAGCACACCUUCAGUGGUCUUGUGGAGUCCAUGCCUUGAUGGGUCAGAGCUGCUUUGGUGGCAUGAGGGAAAUCUAUACUAUAUUAUUAGAUAAGUGGUUUUAUUUUUUUGGACUGAUCAGAGGAAACGUUAUAUAUUUCUAAUGGAUUAUCCUUUUAUAUAUAUGCUUACUGGUACAGCAGACUGAAAUAAGUUUGUUGAGCAGUAAUAUUUAAAAAAAAAAUUACUGACAUUAAAUUGCUGUCAUGUAAAUCUUUUUAGUUUAUGCACUGAACAGAUACAAGGUCAUUGGUGUAACAAAAUAUGAAAUGGUAUAAAGUAUAUUUUAGAGUACCUUCACAAAAGUAAACUUGAAUUAUCCCAAUAAAGACUUUUACAAAAACA